CGCGGCCGCGGCGGCAGGCGGGAGGGCGAGCGAGUGAGCGAGCGACAACAUGGCCGAUGUUGUUCAGAUUUUAAAAAAAUAAUUGUACAUUCAUCCAAAUGGCGCAAGACAGACAAGGCUUCCAGGAGAACUAGAGUGCAGAAACGAAUGGGAAAAUGAAAGUCGACAGAACAAAACUGAAGAAAACGCCAACUGAAGCGCCUGCUGACUGCCGAGCUCUGAUUGAGAAGCUGAAGGCCUGUAAUGAUGAGCAGCUCCUGACGGAACUUCAGCAAAUUAAGACAUGGAAUAUCGGAAAGUGCGAGCUGUACCACUGGGUGGACCUGCUGGAUCGGUUCGAUGGAAUUUUGGCAGAUGCUGGGCAGACUGUGGAAACCAUGUCCUGGAUGUUGGUGUGCGACAGGCCAGAAAAUGAGCAGCUCAAAGCCCUCCUCCUGGCUGUCUUAAAUUUCACUGCUUUGCUCAUUGAGUACAGCUUCUCGCGGCACCUGUACAGCUCCAUCGAGCAUCUGACUACCUUAUUAGCAUCAUGUGACAUGCAAGUGGUGCUUGCUGUAUUAAAUCUGCUGUAUGUAUUCAGCAAGAGAUCCAAUUAUAUCACUAGACUCGGAUCUGACAAGAGGACUCCUCUGUUAUCACGGCUACAGCACUUAGCGGAGAGUUGGGGUGGAAAAGAGAAUGGAUUUGGCCUUGCGGAGUGCUGCCGUGACUUACAGAUGUCGAAGUACCCACCUAGUGCAACAACACUACACUUUGAGUUCUAUGCAGAGCCAAGUGCCGAGGUGAAGUUGGACAAAAAGGCCACAGCAAACAACACACUACAUUACAUUCACAUAGAACAGUUAGAUAAGAUAUCUGAAAGUCCUUCUGAAAUUAUGGAGUCUUUAACCAAAAUGUACAGUAUCCCAAAAGAUAAGCAGAUGCUACUGUUUACACACAUACGGCUAGCACACGGCUUCUCGAAUCAUAAAAAGAGACUACAAGCAGUUCAAGCUAGGCUACAUGCUAUCUCGAUAUUAGUUUACUCCAAUGCGCUGCAAGAGUCUGCCAAUAGUAUAUUAUACAAUGGUUUGAUAGAGGAACUGGUGGAUGUUUUGCAGAUUCCAGACAAACAACUGAUGGAUAUUAAAGCUGCUUCUUUGAGGACAUUAACGUCGAUAGUUCAUUUGGAAAGGACGCCCAAGCUGAGCAGCAUUAUAGACUGCACGGGAACAGCAUCGUACCAUGGCUUCCUCCCGGUGCUGGUACGGAACUGCAUCCAGGCCAUGAUUGAUCCAUCGAUGGAGCCAUAUCCUCAUCAGUUUGCAACGGCACUGUUCUCCUUUCUGUAUCACCUGGCCAGUUAUGACGCUGGUGGCGAAGCCUUAGUCUCCUGUGGAAUGAUGGAAGCUUUACUCAAGGUUAUCAAGUAUCUUGGCGAUGAGCAGGAUCAGAUCACUUUUGUGACCAGAGCUGUCCGAGUGGUUGACCUCAUCACCAACCUCGACAUGGCAGCCUUCCAGUCACACAGUGGAUUGGCCGUAUUCAUCAACAGGCUAGAGCACGAAGUUGAUAUUUGCAGGAAAGAGUGUCCUUUUGUCAUUAAGCCAAAGAUUCAGCGAUCGAGCACGACUCAGGAGGGUGAGGAGAUGGAAACGGAUUCUGAAGUUUCAGAUAUCGUGAUGGAGAGCAGUCCCGGCCCUUCGACUUCAACUGAGGCCAGGCCAGAGGUAGAGUCACGAGGGCCAGGUGCUGCCCCAAGUUACCCACCCAGAGCUGGGGUUCAGUGCAUCCCGCAGCGAGCAGCCUUGCUGAAGUCCAUGCUCAACUUCCUGAAGAAGGCCAUUCAAGAUCCAGCUUUCUCAGACAGCAUUCGGCAUGUAAUGGAUGGGUCCCUGCCUACCUCACUAAAGCACAUCAUCAGCAAUGCAGAGUAUUACGGGCCAUCACUGUUCCUGCUUGCGACGGAGGUGGUAACUGUGUUUGUGUUUCAAGAGCCUUCGCUGCUUUCCUCUCUCCAGGAUAACGGACUGACGGACGUCAUGCUUCACGCCUUGUUGAUAAAAGAUGUACCUGCGACCCGUGAAGUUCUGGGUUCCUUGCCGAAUGUGUUCAGCGCUCUGUGCCUAAACGCCCGUGGGCUGCAGUCCUUUGUGCAGUGCCAGCCCUUUGACCGUCUCUUCAAGGUGCUGCUGUCUCCCGACUACCUGCCUGCGAUGAGGAGGCGUCGCAGCUCGGACCCGUUAGGCGAUACUGCGUCUAACCUCGGCAGUGCUGUGGACGAACUGAUGAGACACCAACCAACUCUGAAGACCGAUGCCACUGCUGCCAUCAUUAAGUUGCUGGAAGAAAUCUGCAAUCUGGGAAGAGACCCCAAGUACAUCUGCCAGAAACCUUCCAUCCAGAAGGCGGAUGGGAGUGCCAGUGCUCCUCCACCUCGCUCCAAUCAUGCUGCCGAGGAAGCAUCCAGUGAAGAUGAGGAGGAAGAGGAGGUUCAGGCCAUGCAGAGCUUCAGCAGCAGUAUGUCUGCUCAACAGAGUGACCCCGAACCCAACCAGCAAGUGGUUGGCACAGAGGAGAGGGUACCCAUUCCACUGAUGGAUUAUAUACUGAAUGUGAUGAAGUUUGUUGAAUCGAUCCUGAGCAACAAUACAACCGAUGACCACUGUCAGGAGUUUGUGACCCAGAAGGGGCUGCAGCCUCUCGUCUGCAUCCUGGGGCUGCCGAAUCUUCCCAUCGAUUUCCCCACAUCUGCAGCAUGCCAGGCUGUUGCAGGAGUGUGCAAAUCCAUUCUGACACUGUCGCACGAGUUGAAGGUGCUGCAGGAAGGUCUCGUUCAACUGGACACCAUACUGUCAUCGUUGGAGCCCCUGCACCGACCCAUUGACACCCCUGGUGGCUCUGUCCUCCUACGGGAGCUGGCAAACGCUGGCAAUGUGGUCGAUGCCACACUCUCGGCCCAGGCCACACCGCUGCUGCACGCUCUCACUGCAGCACACGCUUACAUCAUGAUGUUUGUGCACACCUGCAGAGUGGGUCAGAGUGAAAUCCGUUCGAUAUCUGUCAACCAAUGGGGCUCUCAGCUAGGCCUGAACGUCCUGAACAAGCUGAGCCAACUGUACUGCUCGCUGGUGUGGGAGAGCACUGUGCUCCUGUCCCUCUGUACCCCAAACAGUCUUCCAGCUGGCUGCGAGUUUGGCCAGGCCGACAUGCAGAAACUGGUACCAAAGGAGGACAAGCUUGCCACUGCUGCCACACCAGGUACCUCCACCGGAGCGAAGCGCACAGAAGCGGAAAUGGAUGCCGCGAGCAGCACUGUUGAAGCAUCAGCUCAGGGGCUUUUGGAGGGGAUUAGCCUGGAUGGGGACACUCUCGCACCGAUGGAAACAGACGAGCCCAGCACCUCCGACGCCAAAGGGAAGUCCAAGAUCACACCAGCCAUGGCUGCACGGAUCAAGCAGAUCAAACCCUUGCUCUCGGCGUCCUCACGGCUCGGUAGGGCGCUGGCUGAGCUCUUUGGCUUGUUGGUCAAGCUGUGCGUCGGAUCGCCCGUGCGGCAGAGAAGGAGUCACCACCCCGCCAGCACCACCACCGCGCCCACCCCGGCGGCACGAGGGACAGCAUCCGCACUCACCAAGCUCCUGACCAAAGGGCUGUCAUGGCAGCCACCGCCGUACACACCGACCCCCCGGUUCAGGUUGACGUUCUUCAUUUGUUCAGUGGGCUUCACGUCGCCCAUGCUGUUUGACGAGAGGAAAUAUCCUUACCACUUAAUGCUGCAGAAAUUCCUGUGCUCUGGAGGACACGACGCCCUGUUUGAGACCUUCAACUGGGCACUCUCGAUGGGCGGGAAAGUGCCGAUCACCGAAGGCCUGGAGCACACGGAGCUUCCGGACGGCACAGGCGAGUUCCUUGAUGCUUGGCUCAUGCUGGUGGAGAAGAUGGUGAAUCCGACGACCGUCCUGGAGUCUCCGCACUCGUUGCCGGCCAAGCCACCCGGAGGCCAGAGCAUCCCGCAGUUCAGCGCGCUGCGGUUCCUGGUGGUUACCCAGAAGGCGGCCUUCAACUGCAUCAGGAACUUGUGGAACCGCAAGCCGCUGAAGGUAUACGGCGGCCGCAUGGCUGAGUCGAUGCUGGCAAUCCUGUGCCACAUCCUGCGGGGCGAGCCAGUGAUCCGGGAACGCCUGUCCAAGGAUAAAGAGGGCAGCAGGACAGAGGAGGAAGGGCCCCAGGAGGAAGGCACGGCGCCAAGGCGUGAGCCGCAAGUGAACCAGCAGCAGCUUCAGCAACUGAUGGACAUGGGUUUCACGAGGGAGCACGCCAUGGAGGCCUUGCUGAACACAAGCAGCAUGGAGCAGGCGACAGAGUACCUGUUAACGCACCCUCCGCCCCUUCUGGGAGGAGCUGUACGCGUGAGGGAGCUCAGUAUGUCUGAAGAGGAUCAAAUGAUGAGGGCAAUAGCCAUGUCCCUGGGGCAAGAUAUUCCCAUGGACCAGAGUACAGAGUCACCAGAGGAAGCGGCCCGUCGGAAGGAGGAGGAGGAGCGGAAGGCCCGCGAGAAGCAGGAGGAGGAGGAAGUGAAGAGCCUCGAGAGAUAUCAGGACGUGGCACCCCUCGAGCCUGACGAGUUGAACACCUUCACAGAGAAGAUGCUGCCCGGCUGCUUCCACCUGCUGGACGAGUUACCGGACACGGUGUACCGGGUUUGUGACCUGAUAAUGACCGCUGUCAAACGCAACGGGGCUGACUACAGGGACCUGAUCCUGAAGCAGGUGGUUGAGCAGGUGUGGGAAGCUGCCAACGUCCUCAUCAAAGCAGCGCUCCCCUUGACCACCAGCGACACCAAGACAGUGUCGGAAUGGACGAGCCAGAUGGCCACUCUACCACAGGCCUCCAACCUCGCGACCCGCAUCCUCCUCCUCACCCUCCUCUUCGAGGAGCUCAAGUUGACCUGUGCCCGGAUUGUGGAGACGAGUGGCAUCCUGGACGUCUUGAUCAAGCUGCUGGAGGUGGCGCAGCCUUGUCUUCAGGCAGCCAAGGAACAGAAAGAAGUGCAUACGCCCAAGUGGAUUACUCCUGUCCUGCUGCUGAUCGAUUUCUACGAGAAAAUGUCCGUAUCCUCCAAGAGGAGAGCGCAGAUGAACAAGGUGACUUCUGAAUUUUCAUAUCUGCAACCGACUGGCAAUAACUGGAGGUGGUUUGAUGAUCGGUCCGGGCGUUGGUGCAGUUACAGCGCGAGCAACAACAGCACCAUUGACGCGGCCUGGCGGGCGGGAGAGACAAGCGUGCGAUUCACGGCAGGCCGGAGGAGAUACACUGUGCAGUUCAACACCAUGGUGCAGGUGAACGAGGAGACGGGGAACCGGCGGCCGGUUAUGUUGACCCUCCAACGCCUGCCCCGAAAGGAACCCAGCUGCAAGGGCAGCAACAGCAGCUCCCAGUUCGUGCAAGACCUGGAGAAGACCCUGGAGGAAGGGAAGGAGCCUGAGCCCGAGUCAGAGACCAAACCCAAGGAAGAGAAGGCCAAUGAUGUGGAGCCUGCCCCCGAGACCACGGCAGAGAAGGAACCGAAGGAAGAAGUUAAAGCAACUGACAUAGUGAUCCAGGGGCUCACUGAGGAGCAGAUGACGGUGCUCAUCCGGUCGUGUGUCAGCAUGAUCAGCGUGCCGGUGGACCCCGACACGCUGCACGCCACCCUGAGGCUGUGCCUGCGGCUGACCCGUGAGCACAAGUGUGCCCUGAUGUUCGCAGAGCUCGGCAGCACCCGCAUGAUCCUGAACCUGACGCAGGGCUCCGGCUUCAACGGCUUCACGCCCUUGGUGACACUGCUUUUCCGGCACGUGAUUGAGGAUCCCUGUACGCUCAAGCACACCAUGGAAAAGGUAGUGCGUUCGGCUGCUACCAGCGGGGCGGGUAGCACAACCUCUGGCGUGGUGUCCGGGAGCCUGGGCUCCAGAGAGAUCAACUACAUCCUGAGAGUCCUGGGACCAGCUGCUUGCAGGAACCCGGAUAUAUUCACUGAGGUGGCAAAGAACUGUAUCAGGAUAGCCUUGCCUGCGCCGCGUGGCAAUGGGACCGCCUCUGACGAUGAGUUUGAGAACUUGCGCAUCAAGGGCCCCAAUGCUGUGCAGCUGGUCAAAACGACACCGGUGAAGCCAUCCCCACUCCCGACUAUCCCUGACACCAUCAAGGAUGUCAUCUACGACAUGUUGAAUGCACUGUCAGCUUACCACGCUCCUGAUGAGGCUGAGAAGGUUGAGGUGAAGCUGGUGAGUGUGAACCAGGAGCUGAGCCAGUUGCUGCAGGAUGUAGGAGAUGACAUGUACCAGCAAUACCGCUCACUGACCCGGCAGGGCAGCGAUUUUGAUUCACAGCAGAGCUUCACCAUCAACACCCAGGUCUUUGUCGCUGACGGUGCAGGAACUGAUUCUAAUCAGGCCGGGACGUCUCAAGGAGAGGGUUCCAGCCCAGAGGAGAACCGGGAUGGCAAGAAGGACAAGGACGGGGACAAAGCCUCAGAGGACGGGAAGCAGAAAGCAAAAACCAGCAAACCCCUCAUGCCGACGUCCACUAUCCUGAGGCUGCUGGCCGAGCUGGUGCGCUCGUACAUUGGCAUUGCCACCCUGAUAGCUGGCUACAACUACACAGCUGGCCAGUCUGAGCUCAUUAAAGAGGAUUGCAGCGUCCUGGCUUUUGUCCUGGAUCACCUGUUACCCCAGACCCAGAACGUGGGAGACAAAGACACGCCAGCGCUGGCCCGGCUCUUCCUGGCUAGUCUGGCAGCAGCGACGCAGAGCACUGAGGCGCAAGCUGCCUUGGUCAACGAGGUCAAAGCGGCCCUUAGCCGAGCGCUGGCUAUGGCAGAGAGCACCGAGAAACACGCGAGGCUGCAGGCCGUGAUGUGCAUCAUCAGCACCAUCAUGGAGUCAUGCCCAUCCACUUCCAGCUUCUACAGUAGCAAUGCCGUCAAAACACAGCACAACGGUAUGAACAACAUCAUCCGACUGUUCCUAAAGAAGGGGCUCGUGAAUGAUCUGGCCAGAGUGCCUCACAGUCUCGACUUGUCCAGUCCCAACAUGGCGAACACGGUGAACGCUGCGCUGAAGCCUUUGGAGACGCUUUCUCGUAUUGUCAACCAGCCGAGCAGCCUGUUCAGCAGCAAGAACGCCUCAAGCAAGAACAAAUCAGAGCAGGAUACACACAUCACCAGCGGUGACACUAACGGCAACCAGCCAGAUUCUGGAGAGACCGGAGAGACGGAGACGCAGGGAGACCAGGCCCCCACUGGUGUGGCAGAUGCUGAUAUUAUGGAUGGAGAGACUGAAGCAGACACGGUGGUGAUCACUGGGCAGACAGAAGUCCUAAAUGCCCAGGAGAUGCAGGUUGAGAAUGAGCUUGAGGAUCUUAUUGACGAGUUGCUGGAAAGAGACGUGGAGACUGUGAGCAGCACAAUCAUCGCUUGCAGAAGUACUGAGGAUGAGUCCCAGGAGGAUGUGUUGAUGGAUGAGGCUCCCUCAAAUCUCAGUCAGGCGCCCACCCUGCAGGCUAACCGAGAAGAUUCGAUGAACAUCUUGGACCCUGAUGAUGAGGAGCACACUCAAGAGGAAGACAGCAGUGGAAGCAAUGAAGACGAUGACGACAGCCAAGACGAGGAUGAGGAAGAGGAGGAGGAUGAAGACGAUCAGGACGAUGAGGAAGGUGAGGAAGAGGAGGGCGAUGAGGACGACGAGGAUGAGGAGGGUUCAGAAAUGGAGUUGGAUGAGGACUACCCUGACAUCGACGAGUCACUUGUCCGCUUUGACAGGGAGGAUGACCUGAUCAUCGAGUUCGACAACAUGUUCUCCACCGCAGCUGAUCCCUUCCGUGGAGACAGUCUCUUGGGGAGCUUUGGUGCAGCUGCCAGCCGUACAUUUCACCUCCCUGUAGCAGUGCACGAUGAAACUAAUGGCAGUGACAUCCAUGCGGAUAUACCCCCUGCCCCAGGUAACAUUCCAGCCACGCACCCCCUCAUGGUUCGGCAUGCGGAUCACAGCGCACUGACGCUGGGCACAGGAUCCUCCACCACCAGGCUCACGCAGGGCAUCGGGCGCAGUCAGCGGGCAAUACGGCCGUUCGCUGCCAAUACUGGCCACACCAUCCACGUCCACUACCCUGGGAACAGGCAGCCCAACCCUCCACUCAUCCUGCAAAGGUUGCUGGGGCCCUCAGCCGCUGCGGACAUCCUCCAGCUGAGCAGCAGCCUGCCGCUGCAGAGCCGUGGGCGUGCCCGGCUCCUGGUUGGUAACGAUGAUGUGCACAUCAUCGCCCGGUCAGACGACGAUCUCCUAGAUGACUUUUUCCACGACCAGACCGCUACCACCAGCCAAGCAGGUACCCUGUCCAGCAUCCCGACUGCACUAACUCGCUGGACUGAGGAAUGCAAAGUGCUGGAUACAGAAAGUAUGCAUGACUGUGUGGCAGUGGUCAAGCUGCCCAUCAUCCAGCACCUCGAGUCACUGCGCGACGAGGAGCUGGAGGAGCGGAGAGAGAAACGCAGGAAGCAGCUGGCAGAGGAGGAAGCCAGAAGGGAGGAGAAGGCCAAGGAAGAGAAGGAGAACAAGGAGCAGAACUCGUCGCAGGCUGUGGGUUCCACCAGAACUGCCAACUCAUCUGUUCAAGGUGACAAGAGUCAAACAGGUGUUAGCUCCAGUGCCUUGACUGCCACGAAUGAAGCCAUCAGCAACAUGGCCGCAUCAAUCGCUGAAGCAGCGCUGGAAGCCAUGAGAACUCAGGGCCAGUUAGCAGACUCCGAGCAGCCUGUUGUUGGUUCCACUGAGUUGGAUACCCCUCGACUGGAGAACCUGCUGCCAGCCCCUGCUUCGAUGGAGGGAGCCCCUGCUGCAGAGACCCAGGCCCUGGGUGUUCAGGAGACACUGCAGCAACCUUCUGCCCCGCUCCAAGCCGGAGUCCAGGCCUCAUCGCUACAGCUGCCUUCUGCUGAGGACGUGACGGCACAGUCCCUGAUGCCCAUUGAGACAGUACCCGACAGGCCGAGCGGGGAGGCUGAAGCCCUGCAGAUGGAAAUGUCGCCAGCGCCGACUACAGCCUCGCAGUCUCCGGAGAGAGUGGAAGCUUCGGACACCCUGGUGACAGUGGCCAGCCAGCUGGAGGGCUCCCCCAUGGACACGAGCAGCCCGGUGUCAGGCAUGUUGGAGGAGGCACCGGGGGAAGGCCUCACCGUGGGCGGCAGUGAGCAAGGCAGCAGGCCAGCGACCCAUGAGGCACCGGGCCCCACCUCUGAAUCAGCAGGCUCUGCCGAAGGUCAGCCAGAACCCGCCCUGGCUGGAGAGCAGAGUGUCUCAUCCUCUAUUCCCUCUGUGGCCUUGCCCACCAGAGACGCAGUGCCGGGAACCGGAGUGACAGCAGCUUCCGAUGGACAGCCGUCCGCCACGAGCAGUGAGGAGGACCCGCUUGCCGGGAUUAAUUUACCGGAGGGUGUGGACCCCUCCUUCUUGGCCGCCCUGCCUGAGGAUAUCCGCCGCGAGGUUCUCCAGAACCAGCUGGGGAUCCGGCCACCGAACCGUGCCGCAGCGACCGUGGCUGCGUCUGCUGCUGCUGCCGCGGCAGCGGCUGCUGCUACCCUGGUCGGUAACCAGGGGGUGACAGAGGUCAGCCCUGAGUUCCUGGCUGCACUCCCACCAGCCAUUCAGGAGGAGGUACUGGCCCAGCAGCGAGUGGAGCAGCAGCGGAGAGAGCUGGCACAGACAGCCAAUCCUGACACCCCGAUGGACCCGGUCACCUUCAUCCAGACGCUGCCUUCCGACUUGCGGCGGAGCGUGCUGGAGGACAUGGAGGACAGCGUGCUGGCAGUGAUGCCACCAGACAUCGCGGCUGAGGCUCAGGCCUUGCGCCGGGAGCAGGAGGCCAGGCAACGACAGCUGAUGCACGAGCGCUUGUUCAGCCACAGCAGUUCAUCUGCGCUCUCUGCCAUCCUGCGGAGCACAGGCUUCACCGGGCGCCUGGGAGGGAACCGAGGGGUGCAGUACACGCGCCUGGCCGUGCAGAGGAGUGGAGCGUUUCAGUGGGGGAGCAGCACCCACAACAGGUACACCACGCGCAACACAUUGGCAGGACCCAGGUCCCAAGACAGAGCAUCGAGUAGCAGCAAUGUGGACAGCUUGCUGCGACUGCGAGGGCGCCUCCUCCUGGACCAUGAGGCACUCUCCUGCUUGCUGGUGCUGCUCUUUGUAGACGAGCCAAAGCUGAACACCAGCCGCUUGCACCGAGUCCUGCGGAACCUGUGCUACCACACGCAGACGCGCAACUGGGUCAUCAAGAGCCUCCUGUCCAUCCUGCAGCGCAGCAGCGAGAGCGAACUGUGCAUUGAGACCCCCAAGCAUCCUGAGGAGAAAGGCAAGAAGGCCACCAAACCGGGCUCCGGUAUGCCGUCUACUGCCGCAGCCACCCACGAGCACCGGCCGCUGGACCUGCUCCACAAGAUGGAAGCCAAGACCACCAGCCAGCUCUCCUGGCUCUCCGUCUCCAUGGAUGCCGCCCUGGGCUGCCGCACCAACAUCUUCCAGAUCCAGCGGUCCGGAGGGCGCAAGCACUCGGAGAAACAUGUGGGCUGUGGCUCCACCGUCCACAUCCACCCCCAGGCUGCUCCCGUGGUCUGUCGGCACGUCCUGGACACCCUCAUCCAGCUUGCUAAGGUCUUCCCGAGCCAUUUCACGCAGCAGAGGACCAAGGAGGCAAGCACUGAAACCGAUAAGGAGAAACUGAACAAGCAGUCGGCCAACAGCCCAUGCCUUGGUCAGCCGGCAGGUGGAGGGGGUGGGGGGGGAGGAGGUGGGCCCAGCCAGGGCAUCUCCACAGACUUCUGGGACUUGCUGGUCAAGCUGGACAAUAUGAACGUCAGCCGGAAAGGCAAGACCUCGGUCAAGGCCACUCCGUUGUCCAACAACGAGGGGGAGAACAGCCAGUGCAGCCUGGAGUCAUCGCCCCUAGGCCAGCUGAUGAACAUGCUCUCUCACCCGGUUAUCCGACGUAGCUCGCUGCUGACGGAAAAGCUCCUGCGGCUCCUCUCGCUCAUUUCCAUCGCGCUGCCCGACAAGGCAACAGAGGUAGUGAUUAACCACAGCGGCCCCACUGAAGUGACCCUGGUUGGCUCCGUCACCUCUCCUCCAAAAACAGCCAAGUCUCCGGCUAAAGCCACGCCAGAAGGAGCUGCCAGUGCCAACGAAAGCAAGAUCCAGAACUCUGGUUUGACGGAGAAACAGUUGCAGCUUUCCGUGGAGGUGCUGACCUCCCACUCGUGUUCAGAAGAAGGCCUUGAAGAUGCAGCGAACAUCCUGUUGCAGCUGUCCAGGGGCGAGCCAGGAACCAGGGACACUGUCCUGAAACUGCUGCUCAGUGGAGCCCGCCAACUGGGAUACACGCUCUGCCAGCAGAUAGGUACCUUACUGGCCGAGCUGCGGGAGUAUAACCUGGAGCAGCAGCGGAGAGCGCACUCAGAGGGCCCAUCUCCCGAUGGGACACCAGACGACCACCCGCACCUGACCAAGCUGAAAGGGAAGAUGCAGAGCCGGUUCGACACCGCGGAGAACGUGGUCAUCGUGGCAUCUCACAAGCGCCCGCUCGGUGGCCGGGAGCUCCAGUUGCCUUCCAUGUCAAUGUUGACGUCCAAGACCUCCACGCAGAAGUUCUUCCUCCGCAUCCUGCAGGUCAUCAUCCAGCUUCGGGACGCCACCCGGCGCGCAAACAAGAAAGCCAAGGAGACGGGACGGCUAGGAAACUCGACAAUGGGUUCGGCAAGCAGCAUCCAGGCAGCUGUGCGGCAGCUGGAGGCUGAGGCUGACGCCAUCAUACAAAUGGUACGUGAGGGCCAACAAGCCAGAAGACAGCAGCAAACAGCCAUGUCCGAGGCAAACCCGGCAGAAGGAGCUUCUCGAAGAGAUGAGUCUCCCAUGGAUGUGGACCAGCCAUCGCCAGCUGCCCAGGAGUCCCUGUCACUUGGUUCUGACGGAAGCCAAGCAAGCGAGAAGGAGAAGGAAGAGGAGAAGCUGCCUGAGUUGCCGCUGUUGAGUGAGCAGCUGAGCCUGGACGAGUUGUGGGACAUGUUGGGAGAGUGCCUGAAGGAACUGGAGGAGUCACACGACCAGCACGCAGUCCUCGUGCUGCAGCCUGCAGUCGAGGCCUUCUUCCUGGUCCAUGCAACGGAGAGGGAGAGCAAGCCGCCCGUGAGGGACACGAGGGAGAGCCAGCUGGCGCACAUCAAGGAUGAGGCACCACCUCUCUCUCCAGCCCCCGUCACCCCAGCCACCCCAUCCUCCCUGGACCCCUUCUUCUCCCGUGAGCCUUCCUCCAUGCACAUCUCCUCGAACCUGCCUCCGGACACACAGAAAUUCCUGCGCUUCGCAGAAACCCAUCGAACUGUGCUGAACCAGAUCCUGCGGCAGUCAACUACGCACUUGGCCGACGGUCCCUUUGCUGUCCUUGUGGAUUACAUUCGCAUCCUGGACUUUGACGUCAAACGCAAGUACUUUCGUCAAGAGUUGGAGCGGUUGGACGAAGGAAUCCGAAAGGAGGACUUGGCAGUGCACGUGAGGAGGGACCACGUCUUUGAGGAUUCGUACCGGGAGCUCCACAGGAAGUCCCCUGAAGAGAUGAAGAACCGGCUGUACAUUGUGUUCGAAGGGGAGGAGGGGCAGGAUGCUGGCGGCCUACUGCGGGAAUGGUACAUGAUUAUCUCGAGGGAAAUGUUCAACCCCAUGUACGCACUGUUCAGGACAUCGCCAGGUGACCGCGUCACAUACACCAUCAACCCGUCGUCGCACUGUAACCCCAACCACCUCAGCUACUUCAAGUUUGUGGGCCGCAUCGUGGCGAAGGCAGUCUAUGACAACCGCCUCCUGGAGUGCUACUUCACCCGGUCCUUCUACAAACACAUCCUUGGCAAAUCAGUCAGGUACACAGACAUGGAAAGUGAAGAUUACCAUUUUUACCAAGGGCUGGUCUACCUGCUGGAGAAUGAUGUUUCUACUCUGGGCUACGAACUCACCUUCAGUACAGAGGUGCAGGAGUUUGGAGUGUGCGAGGUACGGGAGCUAAAACCAAAUGGAGCGCACAUCGUCGUAACUGAAGAAAAUAAGAAAGAGUAUGUCCACCUGGUUUGUCAGAUGAAGAUGACCGGUGCCAUUCGGAAACAGCUGGCUGCCUUCUUGGAAGGCUUUUACGAGAUAAUUCCGAAGAGGCUGAUCUCCAUUUUCACCGAGCAGGAGCUGGAGCUUCUCAUUUCUGGAUUGCCGACGAUUGACAUCGAUGACUUGAAAGCAAACACAGAAUAUCACAAGUACCAGGUUAACUCGAUACAGAUUCAGUGGUUCUGGCGGGCACUGCGCUCCUUUGAUCAGGCUGAUCGUGCCAAGUUCCUGCAGUUUGUCACCGGCACCUCCAAGGUCCCACUCCAGGGCUUUGCUGCCUUAGAAGGAAUGAAUGGCAUUCAGAAAUUCCAGAUUCACCGAGAUGAUCGCUCCACUGAUCGGUUACCCUCUGCUCACACUUGCUUUAACCAACUGGACCUCCCAGCGUAUGAGAGCUACGAGAAACUGCGUCACAUGCUGCUGCUCGCGAUACAGGAGUGUUCGGAAGGGUUUGGCCUUGCCUGAAAGCUUCGCAAUUGAAGGAAGGAAUGAAUGAACGAGCAAAUGAUCAGCGGACUAUUGAGAAAUAAAAGGCAGUGCGCAACAGGAGAAUAUUUUUUAACAAGACUGUAAAAUGUGUGUAACUUGGGUCUCCUUGGACUGACCUUAGUGGACUUCAAAAAAAAACACGUUAUGAAAAGGCACUGCCUGUGCUGAGUGGAUUUCUAGAGUGAGCGCUUCACGCAGGGACAAACAAUACAGACUUUGGAAUUUUUGUUUUCAUUCUCCCCUCCCUCCCCAGUCCCUUCCACCCCCGAAUCCCCCUCCAUCACUCUAUUAAAUUGCAUCAUUUUUGUGUGUGUGUGUGUACACGCGUACACCAAUGCCUGCACGCACACGUUCUUGGAUUAUCUUGACUUGCACAUGGGUGGGAUUGGGGUGGGUAGGGGGGAAGGGAGAAGAGGAUUUUUUUUAAAAGAAAAACAUGGAGAGAAUUCCACCAUGAAAAUAAUUGGCUCCGGUGUUGCUAACUCAGUAACAGAGACCACUUGUUUCGACGUCACUUUCCACUAUGCUGUUUGUCUCGUUCUUUUGUUUAUCUCUGUAUCCAUGCAAAUAUUGAAGAUGUAAAUAAAUAUUACAAGUUUUGAUCCACAGGUGGCCCUAUACAGCAGUGGAGUGAGGACCUGCCGGCAAGAGGUCAGGGGUUAUAUUUGUGAAUCAUGGCAAGGCGUUAGCUUUUAACCGGAUCCCCCAUUUAAUCGCAGUGACACGAGGCGCGCAUUGUGAUGCGAGCGGGAGGGGAGACGGCGUGAGGAAGAAAGCAUAAAGUUGUAAAAUAUGUGCAAAAACAAAAAAGUCACUAGCCAAGUUCAUGCUUUUUUCAUAUUUAUUCGUUUAGAUUUUUUGGAAAAUUCUGGAAUAAAUAAAAAGCUGGUUUGAUUUA